AAAAUAACAUGCGGUAGAUAAUGAGGUGUUUUUGUCUGUAUUUUUGAGAACUCGUUUCCUAUAUACAUUCAGUGUAAUGUGUUCGAAUGACAAUAUAAUGAUGAGUGUCAAAAUUGUUUGCAUGAUUCUGGGCAUCUGCAGUCCGGCCAUUCGUGCAACGUUCGCAUCAAACAAACCCAGAGGAUUGGAAGUGGUUGUUCAAUGGUCUCAACUUGAAUUCGAUUAUGCCUCGGACAUCGAAAGGCAAGAAGACAUCGACAAUGGCAUCUUCGUUCCCGGAAUUCCCGCCCCAAUAGAUACUGACGUAUAUUAUUCACAUAACGACAAUGAGAAAAAAGUAUUCGUAUCAAUUCCCAGAUUUCAAUCUGGCGUACCAGUUACCUUGGGUUUCGUUACCAACAGGCAGUUCAAUGGUAACCCCAUAAUUGCUCCAUACCCUUCGUGGGACUGGCAUAAGAAUCCUCAGAAAUGCAGACGUGAUCGAAUUGUAUCAGUUUAUCGUGUUAUGGUUGACGAAUGUGGAAGGCUCUGGGUGCUUGACACCGGAAAAUUAUUGGAUUCUCAAAUAUGCCCCCCUCAGAUACUGACUUUCGACCUCAGGACGAACACACUGGUUCAUCGCUAUGAAGUUCCGGCCAGUCAACUCGAAUCAGAUUCCCUUUUGGUCACUCCUGUAGUUGAUAUAAGAGAUGGGCAGUGUGGAAACACUUUCGUUUAUGCUGCUGAUUGUAUCGGCAACUCCAUCAUCGUUUAUGAUGCCCAACGCAAUCGUUCCUGGAGAGUUUCUCACAGAACCAUGUAUCCUUAUCCAAACUAUGGAACUUAUAACAUCCAAGGUGAAAGCUUCGAACUUAUGGACGGAGUUCUUGGAAUGUCUCUUUCGCCUCAGAUACCUGGAAAAGACAGGAAAUUAUACUAUCAUGCCAUGUCCAGUUCCACAGAGAAUUGGGUAUACACUUCAUAUCUCCGAAACCAGUCACUAUUCGAAGACGACCCCUCAUCUUCACCACGAUUAUUCAAUACUUACCGUGAUGGCAGAGGCACACAAAGUGCCGCAGAGGCGAUGAGUAAAGAUGGAAUUAUGUUCUUUGGUCUGAUGAGCGACGUCAAGAUAGCUUGCUACAACACCAGAGGUCAAUAUAUGGACAUUCAAAGUACUGAUAUCGUGGCUGAUAACCCUGUAACUUUGCAGUUUGCAAGUGGAGUAAAGGUUGUGGGCAACAAAAAUGGAGAAGAAGAGCUAUGGAUAUUGACUUCGCGUUUCCAGAAAGUAGCAACAGGUACUUUGAAUCCCGCAGAAAUCAAUUUCAGAAUCCAGGUUGGCAAGGUCAAUGAUUUACUGGCUGGUACAACCUGUGGAAUGGGAAAGCGUCCUUAUGGUUAUGGGAAUAAUCAUCCUCGUCCCUCAGGAGGAUAUGGUUUCCAACCACCCAGGAACCAAUACAAUUAAAAUGUUAUUUUCAAGGAGAAAAUGAACUUGAACUUGUGCUGUCACUGUAUCAUGUAUCGUUUGGAAUUUGAGAUUCAAUUUUCAUGAACUACUUGUUUCGAGUUCAUGUUAUGUCAUUUUUACAUUAUGUCUGAGUACUUAUUUCAAUGGUCAGGGUGUAUUGUACAUUUUUAUGAUGCAAUAAUCAAAUGACUGAUUUUAUUUAUUGAAGACUAUUGCAGGUUCGCUGAUC